AGAGGGGCGGGGCGCGGCUGCGAGGCGCGCAGUCGCCAUGGUGACGCACGCCGCGGCCGCGAGAACCUUUUGUGAGUCCCUCCGGGCUGCCCUGCCGCGGAGGUUCAGGGACCCGGGCUUGCGCCGGCGGGGGCGGUGGGCUCACCUAUGGGCCUUUCCAAAAGCAAACAGAAACCCAGGAAAGGUGAGGAGCAAAAGAAGGGAUCCACCUAUUCAGUUCCAAAAUCUAAGGAGAAGUUGAUGGAGAAGCAUUCCCAGGAAGGCAGGCAGGCAGACAGGGAGUUGGAGAAGCCUAUGGACAGCCUCCACCUCGGGUCCGGGACAGCCAAGCACCUGCCGCCGGCAACUUCGCUGGAAGGUAGGAGACGGCGGGAGGGAGCGAAGCGAGAGAAACCUGAUGUAAAGCAAAAGUGCAGCAGGAAGAAAGUGGUCGUUCCACAGAUCAUCAUCACGCGAGCGUCAAAUGAGACGCUAGUCAGCUGCAGUUCCAGCGGGAGUGAGCAGCAGAGAACCAUUCGGGAGCCGGAGGACUGGGGCCCCUACCGGCGGCACAGGAACCCCAGUACAGCAGAUGCCUAUAAUUCACAUCUCAAAGAAUAAACAAGCACCCUUGCA